AAUAGAAGAUUCCAUACUGUUCUAAAAAAGUAAUCUAUUAAAAUGGUCUUUAAAAAUAUCAAACCCAAGGACUUGGCAUGUUUCGUCGUGACUACGGUGGUGUUGUUCGUGUGCUUCACCCUGAUCUCAGUCUUCUCGGGGUUCCUUCACGAGCCCCAGAGAUAUAAGACCAUGAUGGUGACCAUCGUAAUGGUGUUCUUUUGCCAGUACCUCAUCUACGAGCCCAUCCGGUUCCUUGUGAUGGCCAUCGACUAUGCCACUUGGCCGGACGAGGAUCAGCCCUACAAGGCGGAGAAGGGCAUACCCAAGCCGAACCACAUCGCCUAUUUGAAGGUCCGACUGCGCAGUCUGCGCUCCGAGCUCCUAAUCACCGAGAGGCACCAGAACGAGCAACUGAAUCGGAGGUACAAGCACAUUGCCGGGGACCUGUUGCUCUACGGGUCCUAUUUCAUUGCCCUCAUGGUGGUGGUGGUGAUGCAGGAGGACCAGUGCCUCUACUACAAUACCAACAACAUGCAGCGGCUCUUCAUGGACAAUACCUCGUACACCUUUGGCCUGUCGCAGGUUUAUUUCAUCUACCAGAUCCACUUUUACCUCAGGAUAACCAUGGUCGAAGCCUUUUUUACGCCAAACCUGUAUGGUUACGAGGGCUGGUGGGCCAUGGAGCAGUGGCAGAAGAUCGGGGUGAUUCGCUUGCGCCAGGUGCGUCCGGUGAACCCCCGCAAUGGACUGGGUGUGCCGGAGUGGGACACCACCACGUACUCCCCCGAGUGGCGCCUCCCCUACCAACGGCUGCACUACACGGAGAAGUUCUGGCGAAUCUACGACCCCUUCCGACCGGCCGAGUUCGAGGUCACCUUUCUCAAUGGCCUGCUGCUCAAUUUCCAUCACUGGGGCUAUUUGCUCAGGUACCCGGAACUAGCAGGCUACAUAGUUCUCCUGAUGAGUACGAAGGUAAACUGCCUGAAGCAGAUAGAAUACCUGAAAGCCUACAGUUGGCUGAAUAAAAACACCUCGGCUCUGUUCAUCGACUUCACCAUGUACAAUGCCGAUAUGAAUGCCUUCACGGUGAUCACUUUGCGAGUGGAGAACUCCCAGUUUGGCACCCAGCUUCCCCGGGCGCAUGUGGACACCGUGAGGAUGCUGGGCUCUGUGGAGACCAGGAGCGCCUUUGAGCUGUUCGUCCUGUUCGUUUACGCCAUCCUCGUCAUUCAGUUCGGGCGUGGGGUUUUUUCCAAGAUCUGGCACGACAGGGCCGCCAUCCGCGAGGCCUGGACCAUGGUGGACCUAGUGAUUAUCAUACUGAACAUCUUCCUGCUGGGUCUGACGAUAAUGCGAGACAUUGAGACGGACGAUCUGUCCGAGCUGAUCGAGACCAACACCAGGGGGCAGUACCUCGACUUCCAGCGUCCGCUGGUCCUCCAUCAGGUGCUGGGCAUCGUUAAGGGAUUCCUGGUGGCCGUCACCACCAUGCGGCUGUGGAAGGUGCUGCAGUUCGCCGCCGUUUUCCAGCACUUCACCCAUACCCUCUUCUCCGCCUGGCGAGCCGUGGCCAGUCUGGCCGUGAUCAUCCUGGUGCUCCUCAUGGGCAUUGGCAUCGCCCUGGCCGUGCCGAAUGGGAACAAUGCCGAGGUCUUCCAUCACAUCAUCCAGGCCGUUAUCACCUGUCUGUGGUACUCGGUGGGCUUUAGCGGUGGCAUCCAGCCUGCGGAUUUCUUCCACGGAGGCCGCAUCCUGGGGAUCAUACUUUACCUGGUGCUGGUCUUCCUGCUGGCCAUUCUCCUGAUGAACGUCUUCGCCUCCGUCAUCUACGAUUACUUCAAUAAGACGGGGAGGGACUUGAAGGAGCAGACGGGCCGUAAGCAAAUCACCUUUUGGGAGUUCCUGCGCAUCGAGUACGUGGAUGUGUGUGCCCGGUGGUUCCGAUGCGUGCGCAAGAAGUACCAUCCUCGGGGACGCACCGUGGCCCAGAAUGUGGAGCGGAAGCUGCAGGAGCAGGAGGAGGAAAACAAAAACAAGUUGUCAAGGCCAAGGAUCUCCGACGAGGAGCGGCAUGCGGACUACCUGAGACGCGGCGAGCGGAUGUUCAAGCUCAUGGCCAUCCUGAAUGUCCAGGUGGAGAUGCUGGAGCGUUUGGUGCUCGGCGACAAGGACGGUAAUCUGCCGUCGCCACCGGCAUCCGACUCCGAUCCCGAGGAUAUGCCAGAACUGUAUCGCAAGCGAAGCACCUAUAGCCUGGGACAAAAGUAACACUUCCAUAAUGACUUUGCCAUGAUAUAACUAUAAUGUUCUGGAGUUAUUGAAGGUUUUACAUUUAAUUAAGGAAUAUUAAAUACUACAUUUCCCUUCGAGUA